CUAUUCCAGCAGCAGCAGGCAUAGUAGUUGAAGUAGUAAUACUAGAUGUGGUGAUUGCUGUAAUAGUAGAAAUAGUGGUUGCUGUGGUGAUAAUAGGCAUGGUUGCUGCUAUAGUAUUAAUAAGCAUAGUAGCUACAUUAGAAAUAAUAGGUAUGGUAGCUGUAGCAGUAGUAGCUGCUGUAGUUGUCAUUGCUCUAGUAGUAGUUGGUAAAGUG